AUGCUGAGAGUCCUGUCUGCAGCGCUGGUGGUAGCAGCAGUCGUAGCGCUGCCGCGGUUUCCACUGCUGCCCUGCUGCCAGAGACCAAGGGCUUCUACAGUUGCCUUAAGCACCAACCCCACUCUCUCCAUUGCUCAACCCCGUAUGCAUCACGAUCACUCCACAUCACUCCACAUCCCUCCACCAUCACCAUCACCAUCACCAUCACCAUCAUCCCUCCCAGUAAAGGCGUUCCUCUUCCUCUCCCUGCUCAGUUUCGCUACAACCUCCUUUAACGAGGUCUUUCCUCUCUGGAGCCUCACUGAUUGGAGGUUCGGAGGGCUCAGCUUCGGCACGAACCAAGUUGCCAUGGCCCAAACCAGUGCUGGAAUAUGCUCGGUGAUUUUCCAGCUGUAUGUGUACGCACCUCUUGUCAACAGAGUGGGUGCUCGGGGAGCUGUUCAGGUGGCGCUGUCAGUCGGCUUUAUUAUAGUCACAUGGCUUCCCUUCAUCCGCAUCUUCGGCCAUGGCACUGGCGCCACUGUGAUUGCUGCUUGUGUCUCCCUUGCCCUGCGAAGUUUUGCGCAGUGUGUGUUCACAUCGGGUUUUCUUCAUCAACAACAGCAUCACGGAUCCAGCUCUGAUUGGCGCUGUCACAGGGAUCACUCAAUCCAUCAAUCUCUUUUUCAGAGCAAUGGCACCUGCUGCUGGUGCUUCCGUGUUUGCAUGGAGCAUCAGUGCGAUGCGAGGAAUGGCGAAGCGCCGAAAGAGCCGGAAGCGGUGGUGCCGCCAACGGUCAAGUUCAUCAUCGGCAACGAGUUCUGCGAGCGAUUCUCCUUCUACGGCAUGCGCGCGAUCCUCGCACUGUACCUGAACGAGAGACUAAAGCUGUCGCAGGCGACGGCGACGGAGAUGGUGCAUCUCUUCAUCGUCGCCGCGUACCUCGCUCCCUUGUUUGGCGCCUUCAUCAGCGAUAGCUACCUGGGCAAGUACCGGACAAUCCUGUACCUCUCCUUCAUCUACUGCGCCGGCAACUGGCUCGUCGCCUUCUCCGCACUCCACGCCACGCCUUCCGCCGCGCUGCCGUGGGCCGUCGCGGGGCUGACGUGCCUCGCGCUGGGCAGCGGCGGCAUCAAGCCGUGCGUGUCGUCGUUCGGCGGCGAUCAGAUCGAGAUGACCAACCCUCCCGGCGCGGCUCGGGACCGCGUGGUUCGGCAGUUCUUCUCGUACUUCUACUUCGCGAUUAACGUCGGGUCCGGGAUCUCCACGAUCGUCACGCCGCUGGUGCGCGUCAAUAUGUCGUAUAGCGCCGCGUUCGCGCUGCCGGCCGUGCUGAUGAUGGUUGCCACGUGUCUCUUCUGGCUCGGCAGCGGGAGCUACGUGCACCAGCCGCCCGCGGGGAACGUGGUAUCGGAGGUCCUCUCUAUAAUCAUCUCCGCUUUAUGGCCGGGGAAGGCGCGGCGGAAAUCGUACCCCACCCUUACCAUGCCCAUGCCCGUGCCAAUCCCGGAACGCCACGCCAGCUGCGCUGACGUGGACAGCUCCCCCCUCCUCUCCAGCAGCCCUGCGUCGUUCGGCGCGGGCAGGGGAAGCAGCUUCCAGCCGGGAAGCCCGCUGCAAGGUGGCCAAUCAGAAUCAUUUCAGACUCAGCCUCAGACUCAGCAGAGGAAGGGCAGCCAGCCAACGCUGCAGAAGAAGCUGUCGAAGCGGGGCAGCAAGCGGGCCAUAGUGCCCUUGGGAUUCGUUCCGAAGGCGCACUGGCUGGACCCCGCUAAGGCGACGCACGGGGAGGAGGCGGUGGAGGAUGUGAAGCUGCUGCUGCGCGUGCUGGCGCUGUUCGCGCCCGUGCCCAUCUUCUGGUCGCUCUUCGACCAGCAGGCCAGCCGAUGGGUUUUCCAGGCGGAGCGCAUGGACGGGCAUUUCUGGGGGAUCACAGUGGAGCCGGAUCAGAUGCAGACCAUGAAUGCAGCGCUCAUUCUGGUGAUGAUACCGCUGUUCGAUCAAGUAAUCUACCCUAUGUGCGAGCUCCUGGGAGUGUCCAUCCGCCCCAUCCGCCGCAUGGCCACCGGCAUGACCCUCGGCGCCCUCAGCUUCGCCCUCUCUGGCCUCCUCCAGAUCUGGAUCGACGCUCGGGCCAGGUCUGGCUCGCCGAGCCUGCUUCUAGGCUCGGCAGUGACUGCUGCUGCUGCUGCAGCUGGAAGUGCAGGCGCAGGGGAAGGGGCUGGGAGGGUGUUAAUGGGCAUGAUUGGGGGUAACAUGACAGCAGGUGUUAGCAGCCUUGGCAGCAUGAGCAUGAGUGGUAUGAGUAGCAACAUGAGCAUGAGCAACAUGAGCAGUAUAGCCGGGGGGGGAAUUGUGUCUGGUCCUAUGAUGGACGGAUGGGGCGGCGAUAUGGUGGCAGUGGGAGGAGCAGCAGCUGUUAACACACUGGGAGGCCUAGCAGCCGCAGCAGCAGCGGGGGUAGCAAGCAACAGCAGCAGGCACGUGCUGCAGGCAUGCGGGGACCCAGGCAGCCCGCCAUGUGUGUCGCUGGCAUGGCAGGUGCCACAGUAUGUGAUCAUGACGGCCGGGGAGAUCCUCUUCAGCAUCACGGGCCUUGAGCUCGCUUACUCCCAGGCGCCUGCUAGUAUGACAGCUGUUGUCACUGCCUUCUGGUGCCUCACCGUCGCUGGAGGCAAUCUGUUCACGGCGGUGGUGGUCGGGACUAUCGGCCCGCUUCUCACUCAAACCCAGGAGUUUUUCUUCUUCACCAUCAUGUGCCUCAUCUCCACCGCACUGUUACUCUACGUUGGCAAGGGUUUCAUCUAUGUAGAGAGUUGCCAGGACCUGGAACAGCCUGACCCUUUUUCGCAGAGUGGUGCUGGUGGGUUUGGUGCGGUUGGUGGGAGUGGUGAGGGGCACAGUGCCCCAGUGGCUGUGCCUGGUGGGUCGGGUGCGCGGCACGAUGCGCUGUUUGAUAUUGAAGGGGCGGGGAGUGUAAAUUCGCCGCCUGCUUCGUACACUGACACGCCUACUGUCCUGCUCAACAGCACAGAAGUCAAAAUGUCGGAAGAGACGCAGAGCCUGACAGGAGCAGUCGGUUUGGCGACGAAAACAGGCGGAUGGAUAAAGAAAGAGGAAGUGAAGAAGGCGGUUUCAAGCUAUGAGAACUACCACGAGAGCUUUGGAGGGAGCGACAGCGCGCGCAAGUCAAACUAUACGGACAUGGUGAACAAGUACUACGAUCUGGUAACCAGCUUCUACGAAUACGGCUGGGGCGAGUCGUUCCACUUCGCUCACCGCAUGAGGGGCGAGACGCUACGGGAGAGCAUCAAGCGUCACGAGCACUUCCUGGCACUGCGGCUAGGACUGGGCCCUGGCAUGAAGGUGUUGGAUGUGGGGUGCGGCAUCGGAGGGCCGUUGAGAGAGAUCGCUUUAUUCAGCGGCGCCACGGUGACAGGGCUCAACAACAACGAGUACCAGAUCUCCCGCGGCAAGGUGCUCAACAGGCGUCACCGAGCACUGGAGUCAUGCGGGUUCAUAAAGGCGGACUUCAUGAGCAUCCCCGUGCCUGAUGCCUCCUUUGAUGCCGUCUACGCCAUCGAAGCCACCUGCCACGCGCCUGACGCCGUGGGGUGCUACAGCGAGGUGAAGCGAGUGCUGAAGCCAGGGCAGUGCUUUGCGGCAUAUGAGUGGUGCCUCACAGACGCAUACGACCCCAACAACCCCCAGCACCAGGAGGUCAAGAGGGAGGUGGAGCUGGGCAACGGGCUGCCAGACAUCCGCACCACGGCGCAGGUCCGCCAGGCGCUGCUGGACGGCGGAUUUGAGCUGCUGGAGGCGGCGGACCUAACGGAGACAGCGGAGGUGGCGUGGCACAAGCCGCUGGACCCCAGCUACUUCUCGCUCUCGCAGUUCAAGCUCACCCGCCUUGGCCGCUUCCUCACCACCACCCUUGUGCAAGUGCUGGAGAGGCUGCGGAUUGCGCCAGCUGGCAGCUACCGCGUGCAGAAGUUUCUGGAGAGAGGGGCUGACGCGCUCGUGGAGGGCGGCAAGAGAGAGAUAUUCACACCCAUGUAUUUCUUCCUUGCUCGCAAGCCCCUGUAA